AUGACGAACAAAUCAGUUGCCAAUGAUUUUAACAGAUUCGCCAGCACGUUUCGUCCACUGUACAAGAAGAACCCUCAGAGGAUGGAGAGCAUUCAUAAGCAGUUCAUAGAGGAGUUGCAGAAGGCUAUACAGGAUGACACCAGCAGAUUGAUUGAAGAAGGGCAGUUGGAGGUCAAACUGAAUGAGCUGGACAAACUGGAGCGUGCUGCUAAGAAGAAUCCACAGCCUGCAUGGCGUCCAAGUGGAGUUCCUGAGCAGGACUUUUGCAGUUUCUUGAUGCCCUACUAUCAAAAGCAGGAGGCUUACAUGCGACUGGAGCUGAAGAAAAUCCAAGCGGAGAAUGCUGCACUUGCUCAAAAGGUUCAGGCGGGGAGAGAGAGCAUUGCUCAGACUGAAAACUGCAUCUCAGAGGCUGUCGAUGAGUGGAAGGCAUCAGUCACAGAAUUUGAAAAGCUGGCAUCUUCUCUCUGCCCCGCUGAUGUCUUCGAUGUGUGAUGCUCGGAUAACUCCACCAAGCAACUAACUUAACUGUACAUAUUGAUUAUGUUUACUGUGCAUGUUUGUCUGAAAAUAAAUGUUUUGAAA